GUCAUUUAUUCAUUUGUAGCUCAGAGUUUACAAUCAACUCCGGAACCUGUCUCUGUCCGAGAGGUAACCACAUUUAGAAGAACAUCUUCUCCCUAAAAGCAGUGAAAUGGCUCGGCCACUGUUUGGAGGAGCCUUGUCAGCCACUAUCCCACCCAGUGCGCAAGAUAUCAGUGAGCUGCGGGAGAUCCCGGACAACCAGGAAGUGUUUGCUCAUCGGGAAACUGACCAGAGCAUCAUAGUUGAACUGCUGGAUUACCAGAGCCAUGUGGAAAAUGAAGAUGCAGCAAAGUAUCACUUUGAAGAUGUGGCAGGAAGCAACAAAGCGUCUGAGCCAGGGACCUGUGAGGUGCGGUCAGUCCAGGCCAUUCCCAAGGCAGAGCUGUCGCUGCAGCAGUGCGCUUCCGCCUGGCUCCUGACUGGGGGGCAACUUGUCUCCAAAUUCAACGAGGAAGCAAAAAACACAGUGAAUAUCCACAUGUGCCUCUUUCGGCUUCCUCAGUUCUCCACAGAUGUCCUUGUAACCUUCAAUGACCCAGUUAUCAUCAAUCCGCUCAGCAGCAGUAAAGGAGCUGGUGGAGAGGCUGGGCCGGCGGCUGCAGAGCCCUGGACAGUGCAGAACUUCCAGUGUUUGCUGAAGUCCUUACAGCUGCUCGACCCUGGAGUAUUCGGAUAGCUUUAUCGGGCCGGACUCAAAGGCAACUGUUAUAAAGACUAUUUUCGUAUGUAGGUGAAGUAGAUGUCCUAAUAAAGAUUGAUCUGGAAAAUUAUGGGAAAACUAUAAAGCAAAGGUUGCCUGAGAUGGAAUUCUCCAUUCAACAGUGACACGGUCAGUUUGAGACACAGAAUAAAGUUUUCACUUUCAAAAGUG